AUGGGCAUCGCGAUUGAUUCGUCCGACAGCAUUUACGUCCUUGACAUGCACAGGAUCCUGAAAGUCACGGUAACGUUAGAUGGCGAUGUAAAAGUGGUGGCAGGAUCUGGAGCAAAAGGGUUUGUGAAUGGAUUCGGAGAGUCUGCACGCUUCAGCACUCCCUGGGCGCUGACAUUCGGCUCGGAUGGCUAUUUGUACGUCCCCGACUUGGAUAAUGACUGCAUUCGCAAAGUCGAUAUCACCACAACAGAGGUCAUGACGUACGCUGGUAUUUGCCAAACAUCAGGGGCUGUAAACGGUCUCACUACGAACGCAACUUUCGAUAACCCUAUCGCCAUUGCAGCGGCAGCCGACAACGUGUUUUACGCAAGUUACGUGUUACGUAACGUAACUGACGGGCCUCAAGGACAACGACUGCGGAAGAUUUACACCGCGUAA